AGUGCGGAUGGUCUGCACCAACGAAUGUUUUGAAAGGCGCAUAGCGUAAGCGAAUGAGACUCUGACCAACAGACCCCCUGGAUCCAACACAAUCCAGAAUCCAGAGGAGGCCACCAGGUGUAGCGGCGAUUGAGAGGAGGAGAGACAAGGAGGCAGAGAUGCUGGAAAACCCUGCACCUGCAGCUCAGCCUGAUUCCACCACCAUCGUCAAACGCUAUCCUCCUCCCAAUCAAAGGAAUCGUUCUAUUAGCAGGCGCAAAUCAGACCGGCUUGAUCGAAGUAACAGUCUUUAUGCAAGUGAUACAGAGAAGAAUCAACAGUACGCCUCUCCAAGAAACCUUCCAAUUAUAGAUCAUGUGGAUUUAGGGAGCAGCAAUGUCCUGAAGGAGAACUCUCGUCCAGGCUUAAUAGCUUUAGAUGGGUGCUGUCACAGUGAGGCUUCCCAGCUUUUGAACAAUCGUUGGGCACUGGCAAUGCAUAAUUACAAUGACGUUUCCAUAGAUUUAUCCGGCAAGGCAAACCUAGGUCGAUGCAUGUGUGGGUAUUUCUAUCAAGAUGGUGGGUGUGGCUUGUGUGGUUAUGCAGGCUAAGCAGCGAGACAUGUGGAUGUGGCUACAGUCACUACAUGAGGGAGGGAGGGGAGAAUAAAUGAAUGUGGGUGUUGACAAAGAAAUUAAGCAUCAAAGAGGUCGCCCAUAACCAACCACCCGGAUCCAAACCCGACAUCCAUACCCGCAAAGGAGAUCAAGUUUAAUAAUAAAUAUGCUUAUAAGCUACUUAUUGUCAAAUGUCAAUUGCUUAUUAGUUACUUAUAAACAUUUUAACCGAAGACAUAAUUGUUUAAAAUUUUAAAGGCUUAUAAGUUAAUUUCUAUAAACUAAACCAAAUAUCCUCUUGGACAGUGGGGGGAUUUGCGUGAAGGGAGGUUGGGGGCGAGAAAAUUGUAUAUUUAUAAUGAGGGGCUAAAAUGGUAGUGGAUAAAGGAAUGAUAAAUUGGUUCAAUUAGUUUUUUUUUUGGAAGAUUUACAAUUUAGUCUAUGAAUAUUGCCAUUAUUAACAAGUCAGUUCCUGUAUUAUUUAUUAAUAUCUUGUUGCUUAAGUUACAAAUUUGUGGUUUC